AUGGCUUCAGGACAGACCCUCGGAUUCAUCGGAUGCGGUAACAUGGGAGGCGCCGUUCUAAACGGCCUCUUAAACAGCGCAUUCUCAACUAAAAACACCGAAACCUCAUCAAAGCCAAUCAACCGCUUCAUUGCGUGCACAAAAACAGCCAGCUCGGCAGCCCGUCUACAAGCGUCAAUCGCCCCAGAACACCAAGAUUUGAUCAAAAUUGUCUCAGACCAGAACGUGCAGACAAUGCAAGAAGCCGAUAUAAUAAUUCUCGGUUGCAAGCCCUUCAUGGCCGAAGCUGUUCUGGGCGAAGAAGGCGUCCGCGACGCCCUAGCCGGCAAACUCGUUAUUAGCAUGCUAGCAGGCCCAACGUGUCCGGCCCUAGCCCUGCUCAUCAACCCAGACCCCAACGCUGCAAAUCCCCCGCACCUCAUGAAAGCUAUCCCGAAUAUGGGUGCGCAGUUCGGGCAGUCGAUGACAAUUAUCGAGACUCCCGCAUCGACAAUUCCGCAAUCCAUGGUUGCGGCCACGGAGUGGAUCUUCAAGCAUGUCGGUGCGGUCAAGUACCUAGGGCCUGAGCAGAUUGGGUUAGCGACUGUUCUUGUCGGAGCGACGAUGGCGACAUUGACGCUCCCGAUUGAGGGACUAUUGGACGGGUGUGUUGCGGAGGGGUUCAAGCGGGGGGAUGCGAUGGAGUUGGUUUUGCAGGGGAUUCGGGGUUUGUCUGCUGUUUUGGAGUCCGGGCAACAUCCGGCUGUUGUUAGAGAAAGUAUCUCUUCGCCGAGGGGAUGUACUAUUCAGACGCUUUUGAGUCUUGAGAAGGCGGGAACGAGGUCGGAUUUCGCCGAGGCGAUCAUUAGAGGAAAUACGCAUUUGAAGGAGAAGAUGUAG